GUUUGGACGUGUUUGUAACAGAGACGGAGCAGUAGCGCAUCGCUGUGCGGACAGGAGACUUCCAGCAGACAUGUACGCCCCGUCGGCAUCAGCUCUGCAAAGCGGCGCGCUUUGGCUGGCGGAGACGUGACGCACUCGCCGGACCAAAAAAAAAAAAGAACAACAAAACAAAACACCUGUAUGGACGACCAGUCCACCGAAGCGAUCAGGGGAAACGACGCCACACAGAUCCCGGGUGAUGUUGAGGCGGAUGAGAUGGGUAUUAUGACGGCAGAGAACAUGCUGGAGGAGUCCACCGCGCUGUCGGCGCCUCACCUGUCCGCGGAUCGAUACGAGCGCAGCCGCCAGGGAUGCUGCGAGCGCGUGGUCAUCAAUAUUUCGGGUUUGCGCUUCGAGACUCAACUUAAAACUUUCAACCAGUUUCCAGACACGCUGCUGGGAGACCCGAGGAAAAGGAUGCGCUACUUUGACCCACUGAGGAACGAGUACUUCUUCGACAGGAAUAGACCCAGCUUUGAUGCCAUCCUCUACUACUACCAGUCAGGCGGGCGCAUACGGCGACCUGUUAACGUCCCCAUUGAUAUCUUCUCCGAGGAAAUCAGGUUUUAUCAACUCGGAGAGGAAGCAAUGGAGAAAUUCCGCGAGGAUGAAGGCUUUAUUAAAGAAGAGGAGCGCGUGCUGCCCAAAAAUGAUUUCCAAAAGCAGGUUUGGCUCCUGUUCGAGUACCCAGAAAGCUCGGGACCAGCCAGAGGGAUAGCCAUCGUCUCUGUGCUGGUCAUUCUCAUUUCAAUCGUCAUAUUUUGCAUGGAGACUCUGCCGGAAUUUCGGGAUGAAAACGACCAAGCCACGGUUGCGCCCGCCACCAUGAACGGCACCGCUCCUUACGCGCCCAGCCCGUUCACGGACCCGUUCUUUGUCAUCGAGACCCUCUGCAUCAUCUGGUUCUCUUUCGAGUUGCUAAUCAGGUUUUUCGCCUGCCCCAGCAAAACGUCGUUUUCCAAAAACAUCAUGAACAUCAUCGACAUAGUGGCCAUCAUCCCCUACUUCAUCACGCUGGGGACGGAGCUGGCGGAGAGACAAACCAACGGCGGCCAGCAGGCCAUGUCCCUCGCCAUCCUUCGGGUGAUCAGACUGGUGAGAGUGUUUCGCAUUUUCAAGCUCUCGCGGCACUCUAAAGGACUUCAGAUUUUGGGGCAGACCCUCAAGGCCAGCAUGAGAGAACUGGGCUUGCUCAUUUUCUUCCUGUUCAUCGGAGUUAUCCUCUUCUCCAGCGCCGUCUACUUCGCGGAGGCGGACGACCCUUCGUCCAGUUUCUCCAGCAUUCCGGACGCGUUUUGGUGGGCGGUGGUCACCAUGACCACAGUCGGGUACGGAGACAUGCACCCGGUAACCAUUGGAGGGAAAAUCGUGGGAUCCCUGUGCGCAAUCGCCGGCGUGCUGACCAUCGCCUUACCCGUGCCGGUGAUCGUGUCCAAUUUCAACUACUUCUACCACCGUGAGACUGAGGGGGAAGAGCAGCCCCAGUACGCGCACGUCGCCAGCUGUGAGCACCUCCCCUCGGAGGAGCUGAGGAGGUCGUGCAGCUCCUCUUCCCUCAGCAAGUCGGAGUACAUGGUGGUGGAGGAGAGCAUCAACAGUGCGUUCAAGCAGCCCAACUUCACCACCGAGAACAACCAGAACUGCGUCAACAUCAAGAAGAUUUUCACAGACGUGUAAAUGAACUUAAGCAGCACGAAGAAGCUGUAGCUCUGAUGUUGUUUUUUUUAUAUCGUAUAGAUGUGAUAUGGCACAUAUCUGUGGAUGACCGCUGCGUAAAUGUCUGUUUUAACAAGUCCUUUAUUACAGUGGCGAAAAGGACAAAUUAUUCCGUGAAUUCCCACGAAAAAUGAGUCUAAAAUAUUGCAAAAUAUGAAUAGGGGAUCCAGACGGGCACUCUUGUAGGGUGCAUGCCUCAGCCAAGGCUGAGCAAUAUUCAAAUGAUGCACUGGGAACAUAAUAGCAUCAGCUGUGCCCGAAUGUUUAUUUCAUUAG